AUUUUUUGUUGCAUUUUCGGAUUCAUUCACGUUUCCAGGCGCAGCACGUUUCACCGAUCGUCUUGCUUUUUCAUACCUGAGCACAAGGGGGUUGAUCUAAACUUUUUUGGGGCAAACUUUUUGUAUUUGUGGAUGUAAGUUUUUCCCUCCCCAUUCGCGUGAUGUAAAACUCCAGCGUCUGGUUACUUGGUUUCUCUCGGGAGCCUUAACGUUAAACGUCAACAGAUUCCAGGUGUUGUUCAAAUUUCAUUCAAAUAUAUCAGUUCAGAUUUGCCCCAAACCUCAUACGGUUUGCUGAAAAAUUUCCGACGCGUAAAAACAACGGUUUUGGAGCUACUUGUGUCUUAAGGACAUUUCCUUUUCUUGGACUUGCGACAGUCGGGUUUUUUCAAAGCCAAAAGAGGAAGUUACUCACGGAAGACUAUUUUUAAGGUCUCCUCUCGCUUUAAAAGGGUAAUACCUUUUCAUUUUUUCUCUUAAAUCUAUACUCAUAAAUCCGUCGCCCUGAAGCGCGCAUUCGGAACCAUGGGCUGUACCGUGAGCCAGGAAGAUAAAGCCGCGUUGGAGCGGUCCAAAAUGAUUGACAGAAAUCUGCGCGAGGACGGGGAGAAAGCCGCCAAGGAAGUGAAACUGCUGUUAUUGGGUGCUGGAGAAUCGGGGAAGAGCACCAUCGUAAAACAGAUGAAG